AUGGCGCACGGUGCUUCUUGCAAGUGCUCUUCGUGUGGGCGCCGAGGAGCAGCCCAGGCGUGCGCCUGGUCCAUCCGAAUUCUGCGACACAUGGUGAAGCCGGGCCGCUUGGGAAAGGCCGCCCGUGAGAAGGCCGGCCUGGAUCGGAAGGGCCAUCGCAAACCAACGUCGGAGGAGAAAGACGCUCAGCACGCGCUUGCCGACGAGGUGUACGAGGAGGAGGUGGUUCCUCUGGCCGAGAACGAGGGCGUGAUGGAUUGCGAAGAUAUCUUCACCGAUCUGGCCGCAGCGAUCACCCCCGUGGGCGACGGAUCAUGGUCCCCCGAGGAAGCAGCGCGCAACGCGGAGCUUGCGCUGGAGGAGGCCGAGAUGGCUGCCGCUGAAGCCGAGAGCUUCGCAAUGGAGCUGGAGACGCUCCUCAAAGAUCUCGGUGUGUGA